UCACCCGAUACACCCUCCCUCCGUGUAGCUUACCCAAGUGAUGGCUCUGUGCUCUUCGCUAUACGCCGCUUGAUAUAAACGACAGUCACAACUUUGUCAAGAACAGGCUAAUUACUCUUUUAUACCAGUUUAUCCCAAAGGGACUGCGCGCCUUUCUGAUUUCAGCCGGUGAUAAAUGCGUUUUAUUUGAACCAUGAAACUGCAGCUGCCGCAUACCUUUUGUCAUGAAAAUACUAUCCACGGGUUAGGUCGAGACAACAUCUGCUCAUACUUGUAUUAUAACGCCGGCUCUCUCUCUCUCUCUCUGUGUGUCUGUGUGCAUUAAUAUCGGGAGGUGACCGGUUCAAGCCAGAAUUAUAGCUAGCUUAAUUGGCUUACAGUAGCAGCUGAGUGGCGGUUAGCAGCCGAGCAUCGCAGCAUCCACUGGGCUUUCCUUAAGUUGCUGGUUGGGACUAAUUAAGAGGAUGGUUAUCCUAAUUGAUAAAGGCGUGUUGUUUGGCUGUACGCGUGCCUCUGGAUCAUAUUGAGUGCACCCCUCCGCCCCCACCUUGUCUGAGAUCUGGCAGCUGGUAGAAGGGCAUUUUUUAUCUCCAGUGUGCACGGCAGAAAUAUUUUAGUUGUUUACUUGAGAGACGGCACAGAGAAAGACGAGUAUAACACACUGCUAUACUGAGCCACAGUCCUGAUCCAUAGGGACCAAGACAUAGUGGAGGUAGAAAAGAUACUGUACAAAGAGCAGAAACAUUAUUUCAGUGCUGUCUGAUGGGAAGAUGGGGGAAAAAUAUAGCUUGAAAUUACAAGAAUAAAAAGCCUAAUUUCUUUGUGUAUGUAUGCUUCUCAUCUCCAAUAGCUGACUGAAACCAGUAAACUACACGUUCACACAUCUAUAGUAAAGGAAUUUGGACUUGUGUGUCACUCCCUAUUAUAAAUUCACCAUAUUUUAAACAGAAUCAGAAAGAUUAGUGACACAGGAAGAGGCCUGUUGUUGUAGUUUCUCCUUCACAUGCCUGCUGGCAGCCAACCACUUUGCUUCAAUGGAGAAUUGCAGCAGCAAAAGAACAAAUUGUAGAGGCCGCCCUUACCUCAGCAUCACCUGGGAGAUAGCCUAGCUUAGCGCAGCCCCGCUAGCUAGUCCGUGACCCCUCCCCAACCCCGUCUCUCUCCCUCUGUGUCACACACAACACCCCUGCCUUCCCCCUUAUACUUUUUCCCAAGCAAGUUGACAUGGCAUCCGUGCGCUUCACGGUGACACCCACCAAGGCGGAGGACCUCCCGGGGCUGUCCGACACGUCGCCUGACAUCAGCUCCCGCUCCGGCGCCCGCGUGCGCUUUGGCUCCAGGGAGAGCGUCAAUCGAAGUGACCCGCUCAGCGAUGCAUCGGGAGGCGGGACAGGAGGAGGAGGAGGGGGCGACACGUCGGAGCUCAGCAGUGUGGAUCAAGGUGAUGGAAAUUCCAAAAUCUCCAGUGUGUACAUCAACAACACUCACGGGAUGGAUGACGAUGACUUCUAUGACAGAAACUUGGCCUUAUUUGAGGAGGAGAUGGACACCCGGCCGAAGGUGUCUUCUCUGCUCAGUCGCCUGGCCAACUACACCAACCUAACGCAGGGGGCCAAGGAACACGAGGAGGCCGAGAGCAUCGGCGAGAAGAAGAAAGCCAGCAAGUCGCCACAGAUGGGGACGUUUAUGGGUGUUUACCUACCUUGCCUCCAGAACAUCUUUGGCGUCAUCCUGUUCCUGCGGUUGACCUGGGUGGUGGGGUCUGCUGGGGUGCUGCAGGGCCUCUGUAUUGUCUUCAUAUGCUGUUGCUGUACGUUGUUGACUGCGAUAUCGAUGAGUGCAAUCGCCACUAAUGGAGUUGUACCAGCGGGAGGCGCCUACUUCAUGAUCAGUCGCUCUCUGGGUCCAGAGUUUGGGGGGGCGGUGGGCCUGUGUUUCUACUUGGGCACCACCUUCGCUGGAGCCAUGUAUAUCCUCGGAGCCAUCGAGAUCCUUCUGAUGUACAUCGCACCUAAGGCAGCCAUUUUUGUGGCAAAGUACCCUGAAGGCGAAGGGGCGGCCAUGUUGAACAACAUGCGGGUCUACGGCUCCAUCUGUCUACUCCUGAUGUCCCUGCUCGUCUUCGUGGGCGUGAAGUACGUCAACAAACUGGCCUCCAUCUUCUUGGCCUGCGUCAUCAUCUCCAUCGCUUCCAUCUACAUCGGAGCGCUGGUCUCCGCCUUCAAACCGCCAGAUUUCCCCGUGUGCAUGCUGGGAAACAGAACCAUCAGCGGCCAUGAAAUUGACAAGUGUGCGAAAACCAUCCCGCCGCCGAUCAAACAGCCAGUCGAGAGAGUUGAGGCAAACUUCACGGUUAUUGAAGGAAACAGCACUGUGGACCCGAUCUUUGACCCCAGCCCUGCUCCUGUUCUGGUGGAGAGGACCACAAAUCUGUGGAAGCUGUUUUGUCAGAGCCCAGAACUCAACGCCUCCUGUGACGAAUACUUCAAGUCUAACAAUUUUUCCGAGAUUGAAGGGAUCCCCGGUCUGGCCAGUGGGAUAAUUUCAGAGAACCUGUGGAGCUCCUACCUCAGCAAAGGGGACGUGGUGGAGAAAGGCUCCCUUGACUCGUCUCAUAUCGCACAUCCGGCAUCCACUCAGCAGCCUUAUGUGUUUGCCGACAUCACCACCUCCUUCACACUGUUGGUGGGCAUCUUCUUCCCCUCUGUCACAGGAAUCAUGGCUGGGUCUAACCGGUCGGGGGAUCUGAAAGACGCCCAGCGCUCCAUCCCCAUAGGAACCAUUCUCGCCAUCCUCACCACCUCCUUCGUCUACCUGAGCAGUGUUGUUUUGUUCGGAGCCUGCAUCGACGGGGUCGUCCUCAGAGACAAGUUUGGAGAUUCUGUUAAAGGGAAUCUGGUGGUGGGGACUCUGGCUUGGCCCAGUCCCUGGGUUAUUGUGAUUGGCUCUUUCUUCUCAACAUGUGGCGCAGGCCUCCAGUCGCUGACAGGCGCUCCCCGACUUCUACAAGCCAUUGCAAAGGACAACAUCAUCCCCUUCCUGCGGGUGUUUGGCCACGGGAAGGCUAAUGGGGAGCCCACCUGGGCCAUGCUGCUGACGGCGCUCAUAGCCGAGCUAGGGAUCCUCAUUGCCUCUCUGGACCUGGUGGCUCCCAUCCUUACGAUGUUUUUCCUGAUGUGUUAUCUGUUUGUGAACCUGGCCUGUGGCCUCCAGACCCUCCUGAGAACGCCCAACUGGAGGCCGCGCUUCUCCUAUUACCACUGGACCUUGUCAAUUUUGGGGAUGACUAUCUGCCUGGCGCUCAUGUUCAUAUCCUCUUGGUACUACGCAAUCGUUGCCAUGGUGAUUGCCGGCAUGAUCUACAAGUACAUUGAAUACCACGGAGCGGAGAAGGAGUGGGGGGAUGGGAUCCGCGGUCUCUCGCUCAGUGCUGCCCGUUAUGCCCUCCUGAGGUUGGAGGAGGGACCGCCACACACCAAAAACUGGAGACCCCAGGUGUUGAUCUUACUAAAACUGGACGAGGACGCCCAUGUCAAGUCUCCUCGCCUGCUGACGUUUGCCAGCCAGCUGAAGGCGGGGAAGGGCCUGACCAUCGUCGGCACAGUCGUCUCCGGCAACUUCCUACAAAGCUACGGCGAGGCUCUCGCUGCCGAACAGACUCUUAAGCACCUGAUGGAUAAGGAGCGGGUGAAGGGCUUCUGUCAGUGUAUCGUGGCUCAGAAGCCACGUGAAGGCAUCAGUCACAUGAUCCAGUCCAGCGGCCUGGGAGGAAUGAAACCAAACACUGUGGUGAUGGGCUGGCCUCACGCCUGGAGGCAAAGCGAGGACCCGCAGGCCUGGAAGACCUUCAUCAACACAGUGCGGGUGACCACAGCCGCCCACCUGGCCCUGCUGGUGCCCAAAAACAUCUCUCUGUUCCCCAGCAACAGUGAGCCCUGCACAGAUGGCUACAUCGACGUCUGGUGGAUCGUCCAUGACGGGGGGAUGCUAAUGCUGCUGCCCUUCCUGUUGCGCCAACACAAGGUGUGGCGUAAGUGUUCGAUGCGAAUCUUCACAGUGGCCCAGAUGGAGGAUAAUUCCAUCCAGAUGAAGAAGGAUCUGGCAACCUUCCUUUAUCACCUGCGCAUUGAGGCUGAGGUGGAAGUAGUUGAGAUGCACAACAGUGAUAUCAGCGCAUACACCUAUGAAAGGACCCUGAUGAUGGAGCAGAGGUCUCAGAUGCUCAGACAGAUGCGACUGUCUAAGUCCGACCGGGAAAGAGAGGGAAAUCCUGGUAGCAGCAGCAGUAGGCCAGAGGCAGGUGGAGCUACAAGGUCUCAGGUGUAUCUUUCCUCCAGGUACAGGAGUACUGGAGCCCACACUGCAAACACCUCGACAGGAAACAGAGACAGACAGGCCCAACUGGUGAAAGACCGUAACUCCAUGCUGCGGCUGACGAGCAUUGGAUCAGACGAUGACGAUGACACUGAUGGUGGAGAGCGAGACAGGGCGGUGAGCACGGGCGGAGGCAGCGCCGAGCAUCAUCGCCGAGUCCAGAUGACCUGGACCAAAGAGAAGACCUCGCAGUACAGAGCCACGCACUCGGGCUGCUCCACACCCGAGGGCUUCAGAGACAUGCUCAGCAUCAGGCCGGACCACUCCAACGUCAGGCGGAUGCACACCGCGGUCAAGCUCAACGAGGUCAUUGUCAACAAGUCCCACGACGCCCGGCUUGUCCUGCUCAACAUGCCGGGACCCCCCAAGAACACGGAGGGAGACGAGAACUACAUGGAGUUCCUGGAGGUUCUGACAGAAGGACUAGAGCGCGUCCUGUUGGUCAGAGGUGGAGGAAGUGAAGUCAUCACCAUCUACUCCUGAUUGGACAAACAGAGGAAGCCAGUGUUAAAGAGGCAACCAAUCGCGCAGAAGUGAAGCGGAGGGAGACAGUGGGGGGCCUGUGAGCUCUGGGGGCAUGGGCCCAAAAAGGGAGACCCUCAUUGGCUGCAGCGUCAGUCAUCACGCCCUAACGCCCACCCUUCAGCCACCUUUUCCUUUCAUCCUUCUCACACUUUUCUGCCAUGACAAGGGUUUCCAUUCCACUUAUGUCGAGCUACAGAAAUGCCAACACAAAUCGACAAACGAGCAAAUAACAAAGUGAUCAGCUGUGUGUGUGUGUGUGUGUGUGUGUGUGUGUGUGUGUGUGUGUGUGUCGUUCACCUAAAGGUUCGGUUUUUUUAGAGGGGGACCAGUGUUGUGUUCAGACAGUGAACCAGUGAAUGAGAAGUAUGAAACGUAGAGUGCGAUUGUCUGUGAAGCGUCCCACAAACGGAGCACUUGUUCCACUGACGAGACUCAGGGUUGCUUUUUGUACAGAAUGUAUUUUGGAAGCAGGUGUGAGUGCUAUGAGAGGAGGCUGAACUGAACAUCUUAAUUAAGUGUUUAUUUGUUUUUUUUUCUCUUUGACGACACAGUAACGUUUAUUCCAAUACUACAUAAAAACUGGAAAAGUAACACUGCAACAAGGGAAGUGGGAGGUCUCUAGUUUUAAACCUGCUCAGUGGUUCAUUUAAGGAAAAUCUGUAUUCUUUUGUGCUGUUUCCUUACUUGGAAGUGUAUCACUUUUAAGAAGACGAAAGGCAAAAAUGGUUAAUGUUUAUUGAACAAUAGUUUUUAGGGUUUUUUUUUUUUUUCUUACCUCAGAAUUUGUUUUAUCAACAGUGAAGUUCAACGUGGUGUGACACUGAAUUUGUUUCUAAUUCUCUGUCUGAACUUGCUGCUAUUUCUCUGCUCUCCUGUAUGGAGGCCAGUUUUUACCAGGAAAAGUAAAAAGAUAAAGUUGGAAAAUUGGCUGUGAAUUUAUAUAUUUAUUUUUUAUUUAAAUUUGCCAUCUUAAUAUUGAGUAUUACUUUGACUUCAAAGUCAGAAAAAAGUUUAGAUUUCUAAAGUCAAAUAUUCCAGGUAAAUUAUGAAAUAAAACAUCAACAUUGUUGGACUAAGUCACAAGUAUGACAUUUCUAAAUGGUCAUAAUAAGAUAAUAAAUCUAAAUUAUUUGAUUUAAAAAAUCUGAAAUGUUGGCGUAAUUUAAAAUCCGAAUGAUGACUUUCUAGGGCAAAAUGGAGAUGGUACGUCAAAAUAAUUAGAUAAAGUCAAAAUUCUGACUUACCAAGUCAGAAAUCUAGUUACUCAGUUCAAAAAUUUUAGAUUAAAAGUCAAAUGUUGGGGAUUAAAAGUAAAUAAAAAGUCACAUUUUUGAGAUAUCAA